GGUGUCCCCGUGUUUCCGCCCCGCCGCUCCGCGCCCCCGGCACGACGGUUCCGCGGGGGGCGGUGACAGCGCGGGGGGAGCACGGCCCCUUUAAGCGCGGCGCCGCCAUGAUCUGCCUGGUGCUGGGGCUCAUCGCCAGCCUCUUCCACAGUGCCUUCGGCGGGGUCAAUGAACGAACCUUCGUGGCCAUCAAACCGGACGGCGUCCAGCGGCGCCUGGUCGGGGAGAUCAUCCGGCGCUUCGAGAGGAAGGGGCUGCAGCUGGUGGGGAUGAAGCUGCUGCAGGCCUCGGAGGAGCUGCUGAAGGAGCACUACAUCGCCCUGCAGGACCGUCCCUUCUACGGCCGCCUGGUGAAGUACAUGAGCUCCGGGCCCAUUGUGGCCAUGGUCUGGCAGGGCCUGGAUGUGGUGAAGACAGUUCGCACCAUGAUCGGGGAGACCAAUCCAGCUGAAUCCAGGCCUGGCACCAUCCGAGGAGACUUCUGUGUUGAAGUCAGCAAGAACGUGAUCCAUGGCAGUGACUCGGUGGAGAGUGCCCAGCAGGAGAUCUCGCUCUGGUUCCGCCCCGAGGAGCUGCCGUGCUGGGAGGACACGGCUGCACACUGGAUCUAUGAGUGAGCAGCAGUCCCAGGGGGAGUUCAUCCUCCUGCUGGGACACAGCACAUUUCCAUCCAUCUCAUGGCAGCUGCUGGGGCUGGCUGCAGAUCCUCUGUGGGAUUCCUCUUCUGCCUGUGGGAUCUUGGGAGCUGGGCUGUGUGUGGAGCUCUGGUUCAGCUCCUGCCAAGGGGAGCUCUUUCUUUUUUUCUCUCUCUGCUCUAGUAGGUAGUUGGUAUUGUUGCUCUGUUUGCUGAAGCAUCUUAAAUCCCAAGUAGCUCAAGCUGAUUAAUUGAAGCAAAACUUGA